GCUUCGCCCACCGGCGUCACUGCGGGCAACCGAACCCCAUCACAAGCACGCAAACAUGGCAGAGGAGAAGGAAAUUGGUGACGAACUGAAGAGACAGGGGUUUAAAAAGAUGGCAGAUGUGAAUGAACUUUGUCUGUCGCACAAAAGUUUGACACAUUUAUCUGAUCUAUCAAGAUUCCACAAUUUAAACUAUUUGUGGCUGAAUGGAAAUAAGCUGAAAACUGCCAACUUCUUGAAAACGAAUUACAGACUUACUGAACUCUAUUUGAAUAAUAACAAGCUGAAAGAUAUAACAGGAUGUUUGUUCCACCUUUCUUGCUUGCAAACUCUGUUACUGAACAACAACCAGCUGACAAGCCUGGAGAACACGCUGAUGGAAUUCCGCAGGAUGACCUGCCUUUUGACACUUAAUCUGUUUCACAAUCCACUUUCCCAAGAGCUGACCUAUCGGACAACUGUAAUUUACCACAUACAGUCCCUUCAGCUCCUGGACAGAUGCGAGGUUAAAGAGGAAGAGAGGGCCGAGGCUAGCAGGCACUUCGAGGGAGAGAGAGAACGAGUGAGACUGUCGGUGGCGUUCGGCCGACGGGCAGAGCUGCCCCCCACUCCGUGUUGGCCGGCCAAGACACCCUCGACCGCACCAAGUGAGAAUAUGCGAGGGUUGUUUAUCCUUGAGUUAAAUGGGCACCGUCUUGUUUACGGCUUUCAAACGUAA